GUCUGUUUAGAUGCUAAAUGACAAGAUAUAAAGAAUAUCACCAUCGAAAUUCAAUUUAUGACCGGAAGCCGGCAGACAGGCAUAAGACCGGAUCCCGGGAAAUUACUAAAUUACGAAUGUUCUAUAGACUCAAUGCCGUUACAAGAUUACCUCAAUUUGGCAUCGACUGCCUUAGUAUGAAGGACGUCAUAAAUAUUUUUGAACAAGUGUAGAUUCAUGAACGAAAACCUUGUUCUUCAUUUCCUAGGAUCGCCUACCAAAUGCCCAUUUGCGGUUUCCAGCGUGCCUAUUCCAUUCUGGAACCAUGUCCUUCGAUUUUGUACCUAGUCAGGCCAUCACAAAAGAUGUCGAUCUUUAUGCCGAAAUUACCUCCAAUUCUACUCUGGAUGUUUUCUCUAAAGUAUUGGAUUCUCAGGAACUAGUCAGACCGGGAAUUCGCAUCCAUGACAACGGAUGCGGAGCUGGCGAAGUUACCUCUGUGAUUAUGAGUUCCCCCCAUUCCGCCGAUAUAUUCAUCGAAGCCACCGACAUUGAUGAAUCUUACCUACAGAGGCUCCGGGGUCGUGCCCUCCGGAACAAGUGGCCCGUAAAUGUUACCGGCAUGAAAGCCGAAGAUCUUACAUUCGCAAGCGGGAGCUUCGAUAUCUCGGUUGCGAAUUUUCUGCUCUUUAUGACACAAGAUGAUGGAGUUCCGGCACUUCGACACAUGCACAGGACGCUGAAGGAGGGCGGCGCUGCGAUCUUUACGUCCUGGGCUCACCUGCCACACAGUGAGACGGUCAAGGCCGCGCACCUCGCAACCCGGGGCGUUGAUGCACCCCCGCUACGGGAGUACCCACCGCAGUGGAAACAGGGGUCGCACAUGGGAAACAUCGCGGGUCUCUCGGGAUUUGGGAAAGACAAGAUCGAACAGAAGUCAGUGAAGGUACACAUCAACGUGGAGGACACAGAGCGCCUCGCACAGGUCAUGUGGAGCUUUCUUGGACGCCCGGUUUCGGGAUGGCUAGAAUCAGAUGAAGAGAACUGGGACAGGGCAAUAGAGACUAUCCGGAAGAGUUUCCUCAAAGACAAAGGGUAUACGAUGUCAGAAUCUGGUCAGCUGAAGAUUGAGCUAGUGGCUAACGUUGUUAUUGCCCGGAAAUAGUCACUUGCAAAUUCCAACUAUUCUCCCUGCGACCAAAUUCAACUUCUGUCGCGGCUUGAUAUCAGAAAAUUGCCAAGAUACCGUAGAAUGAUGUUGUAGAAUGAUGUGGUAGAAUGAUGUGGUAAAAAGAUGUUGUAUUGUAA